AUGGAAAUCUCAAGUCACAACCAGCAGAACCAGUGGAGCUGUCCGAGCUCGGACUCUGAGUUCUACAGCGUUUCCUCUCCAGACACAGUCUCACCAGCUGCAUCCAUGGACCAGGGCUUCUCCCCAUCCCAACAGGCCAAGCCGACGUCCUCCAAGUCCAUCCAACCACCUGCUUGUGCCAUUAAGAGGAAACGUAGGUUGCGGUUGAAGAACCCGAGUGAGCAACGACAGAACGCCAGUGAGAAGGAGAAGUUGAGAAUGAGAGAUCUGACAAAAGCUCUCCACCAUCUCAGGACCUACCUGCCUCCAUCUGUGGCUCCCGUCGGCCAAACCCUGACCAAGAUUGAGACACUACGGCUCACAAUACAUUACAUCUCAUUUCUGUCCGCUCAGCUGGGUCUCAGUAAGGAAGAGCUGGACCAAAGGAAACAAAUGAAUCCCAGCAACAGCUGUCCAUAUUCUCCAGAGGUUGUUGGCUAUUUUCAGUGCAGGUCUACGGCUGGACAAUGGGCCAAGGAGGGACAGGGUUAUGGUCACUAUGAUGGACAGUAUCAGGAUAGGGACAGCUCGAGCAAUACAGGGCAAUUUAUUGAGAUGAAUGUGGACCAGAACAAUGGUAAUCCACAGCAACAUUCAAUGGAACAGUUCUACUCUCCAGAUGUAGACAAGUAUCUGCAGUCACAACAGCAUGCUCAGACAGCACAGUCAUACCAAGUUUAUGGCAGAAAGUCUGGCUAUCAACUUGUUCCUCAAGCGUACUGGAGUUGA